CCUGUCGACCACCGCCAUCGUCACCGCAAUCAUGUCAUGUCCGCUUCAACCUCAAUGUAAAAUACGAUCCAAAAGUAUUCGUUUGUCUUUAAACACAUGUUACCGCAGCGCAACUGUACUGAUGCCCGUAUGUUCAACUCACUUAAGUGCAUCGCAUACAACUGGAACCGGGCGCAUAUAAUCGUGUUGGGUCAGUGUUUUCUCGACUUCAAGCCGAUCAUGGCGACGUUUACCUGUGCAGAAACUUGACAAUACAUUGCCAGAAGUGAGCCUGUAUACGUAGCUGACUUCAACGUAGCAAAGUGCAGGUACCUGUUGGUAGCGAAGAGAGAGCGUAAUAACCAGUGAGGAACAUCCUGUGUGUCCAACAUCUCCGAACGCCUGCAACAAGCUGGUCCCGUAUGUCUUUGUGAUCUCCGUGUUCAUCCUUGUUCGACCGAGUGUUACGGGCACCCUCCUAUGACAGUGGAAGGUUAGAUAUCAAGAUGUUGAGAAAUGACGGCGCAGUGAGAUACAUACAACCUGUCUGCUAUUGACGGAGGCGUUCAUCAACACGGCCGUCCAUAUGAAAAUGCCUGUGAAGAAUGGAAAGAUGAUGUGGCGUUACGCAAAAAAAUCGUAAAGCUGCUUGGAAUACACUCAUACGGACUCUUGCCGCGGAUUAAGGGCGUUUGAAUCGGUGAUACGCAAAAUUAAUGAAGCUAAUUUAUUUAAUUAAACUAAAAAAAAAAUCUGCGAGGCAAAGGCGGUAUUUCGGUUGUGGCGUGGUUUUGUUUCUUCUGGCACAGGAAAGAGGGUAUCUGGACAGUUCCGCAAACGUAAAUAUCAGCGAGGGCACCUCACCUGGGGACUGAUUUCCAACUGUCAAAUUUUUUUGUUGACAGUCAUUUUUUUUUAAAUCUUUCGAAAAAACCCCCCCUGUGAUUUUGAUUGGAUUGGUUUGUUAUGGCUAUAGGCUUCCAAAUUGAGAAACAAAAAUGCUGCCAUUGCUUGGCAAUUUUUCGAGUUUAAUUACGCGAAUUACCGCGAUUAAUGCGUGACACAAAUUCAAAACGGCCUCAAUCCGUAGCAGAGGCCCGUACGAGCGUAUUCCAUGUAGUCUUACAAUUCUUUGAACGCCCUGUAUGAUCCAGUAGGCAGUGUUUGUAACCUCGACAUCCGUCAAUGUACAGAAUUGCUGUCAAGCUAUGGGUGUGUGAUUUCUUCAUGGUGGAGUUAUGACAGGACGUGACCGUGCUGAUUCCGAUCAAUUUGGGUCGACAACUGUGCUUGUGUUGUGGUUCCUCAUGCACGAGGAAAUGUUGCCGUUCAACCAGCUUGCUCACCUUCUACUCUGUUACGUGCAGCAAACGUUGAGCUUAUUCGUUCUAUGUGGAUCAUCCAAUCAGUAUGUCCUGCAAUUAGUGUCCACGUAAAAUGCGUUGUAAGGUUUCUAAUAUUAUCUGCCCACUAUUAGGGGGACGAAAAAGGAUGCACACGUACACAAGUCUCAAAUGCAGCUGAAGUUUUAAUACACAACAAGCAAAUAACCAGGGUGUUUCACCAAAAAUGAGCUAAAGAUUUAAAAAAAAGUUUCAUCGCACACCAAAAAAGACGGACUGCAGUGUUUCCAGUGGUGUGACGGUACUCAAGCUGCUUUUGUUUUGUGAUUAAUUAAUUAGGUGAAAUUAAGUAGUGUGUUUUCGUGUCUUAUUAUUAUUUUUGUCAUUGCAUUAUCAUUUUGUGUUGUCUUCUUAUGUUACCCUGGCAUUCAUGAUACUUUAGCGCAACCGAAGGUGCGGACAGAAAACGAAAUAGGACACGGACAAGCACUAAAACACUAAAUCUUGUGUUACGUAUGACUAGAGCCUGAAGUUUUAGGGUUUAACCCGUUUCUUCCCCGAAUUUGUACCCCCGAAUUGAAGGUUGCCUCUUUAAGGUGAAAUCUGAUUUUUACCUGGCAAAUUGUUCUCACUGAAGUGUUUGUAGGAAUGCACGCUAGCUUGCUUGGCAGCAAACGCAUUUACAUCACCAUUUCUACAAAAGCAGUACCAUUUCUUUGAGUAAUAGAGCCUGAUUUGUCACUGAGUUUACCAUACUUGAAGUUUUUCCACCCAAAUUCGCAUCAAUUUGGAGCACACGUUGUUUUUCCCGAUGCACGUUGAAAGUUUAUCCUCCCAAAUUCCCAUGAAUUUGGAGCGCAUGUUGAUUUCCCCGAUAUUUAUCCCCUGAAUUGGGAAAAAAAAAAGUUCCCGAAGACUUCAGGCUUUACUUAUAACGAAUGUGCGUGAUCAUUUCCUUGCAGCGUUCUUUGCCAGGUUCUGAGCGAUACUGUUCUUUUGGUCAAAACUUGGCAAUCUCGCGUGUUCUCGUUGCGCUUUCCUAGCACCAGGGGUCGCGACCUACUAGAUAGUAGCGACCGUGUCAUACGGACCUGUUCCCAGCGCCGCAAUUGGAGGCUAGCGGUGGCGCUACUGAUCGGCCCGGUUAUUGCUUCAUCAAUUUCUACAGUACUCUGUACUUUAGCUUGAUUAUCAUCAUCAUUCUAUGCGUUUUCAAAGGAACUCUUGCUGUCGUCUGCUUUUGCUAUGGUAGUCCUGCGUAGAGAUGCGAAGCCUAAAAAAAAAACAAGUUUUUUUGGGAAAAAAAGUUUUGUUUGUUUCUUUUUGUUGUUUUUUUUCUCGUCUCCGGAAACAUAGCCCAAAAUUUCCAGGCGACAAAAUUCAAAAAUGUAAAUUUUCGUGCCUUCGAUGCGUUCCAACCCGACAAACAGUGCCUUGGGUGCCUCUAAUCCGCCAACAACCACCAACUUAGAGCUCCGUCUGGCUGCUCCAAGCGAUCACCAUCGCGUUCACAUAAUGUCGGAGUUCUGGUCGGAGUGGACGGGUUGAUCCAGUUACCUAUCGCUGAGUAGACAGCAGUCUCAUGGGAUGCAUCUGCUCUGCAGUUAUGCCUAGAGGGUGAACACUACUAAAGUUUCUAGCUCAUUGUAUGAUGUGGCUUGGCUGGGAAUGCUUCGACUUAGCAGUAACCGCGUUUGUUUCCAUUUUUUCGAACUUUUUGGAAAAAACCCGCAAAGAAAAACUUUUUUAGCGAUUCAAAAUUUCCAGAAAUUUUGCAUCUCUAGUUGUGCAUCCGCUUCUGCGCGUUCAAAAUUCAAAUUUCCAUCGUCCAAUCACGAUGCAGACACAGUGGGCCGAUGAGCAGCGCCCCCUAGUAGAUCGUGUGGAGGGGCUCCUCAUUGGGUUUGUCGAUUAUGACAUGGCCACUAUAAUCUAUCAGGUCGUGCCAGGAAUUCCCCGUCUUGCACUUUUUCUUUUUAACCUGGGCUCGAUACGGCCGUACAUCGGGUUGCCCCACCAUGUCUGGCGGCGUCUCUUCUGCACUGCAAGGGUCCCAGUUGGCUCGCACGUUCAAGUUAACACAGGUUAGCAGAAGCCGGAGUGAUCCGAAGACAGGCGAUUGCAGCGCCCCCAAUGUAAUCCUAGCAGUGAUGGCCACUAUUUCUUACAGUAUAACUACAGUAUAACUUUAACUAUAACUACUAACUACUUUGUGAUGGGGUAGUUUAACUAGUAGUUCAACUACUUUUCAAUGGAGGCAGUUAAAACUACUUCUUUAACUACUGCAGUGUAUUUUAACUAUAUCUCUAACUACUUAACGUUGUCCAUCAACACCAAUCCCAUCUUGUCGUGUUCUUGAACACCUAAAUAUGAAUCGCAAGCAGCGAUAAAAGUGAGGAUUUCGUACACAUGCACGGCACAGUUACUCUGCACCUCCAUUCUCAUCAAACAGGUAGCUCGAGGUAAAAGUCGGAAGAGCAAUUGUGCCGUAAAGCUUGCGGCAAAAUCGGAAGUAGUUGACGCCUGUACUAUCCUAACUACUGUUGUUAACUACUUGAAAUAUAGUAGUUUAACUAGUAGUUGCACACUACAUUUGUGCAAGUAGUUGAUAACUACUUUUUAACCGCAGUCAGGUAGUUUAACUGCAUGUAGUUAACUACUGGCCAUCACUGAAUCCUAGCUUGUACAGCUCUGGUCAACCUUAAUAAUAACACUGGAAAAAAUUCGGUCUCAUUCCCCAGCGCGAUAAAAGCCACCCUUGGGGAACUGGGAGAAUGUUAAAUGAACAAAAUCCUUGUGUUAAAAUAACAGAAUAAUUUUGUUGAAUUAAGAUUUCCUCGUCCCCCCAAGGGUUGCUGUAAUCGCGCUCGGGAGCGAGACCACAUUUUUUCCAGUGUUAUUAUUAAGGUUGACCGGAGCUGUACAUGACCGUCGACUUCCUAGGUGGUGGCUAGGUGGCGUUGCCGGAUUUUGGCCACCCGCCAUUUGUCUCGCACUGGUUGAUAGUCACGUGAUCUUCUUUGUCUUACAGGAGCCAAAGAGGGAAGAGAAGAUUAUACUUUCGAAGGCUUUGACGUACAUUUCAUCUCGAGCGUGAGAUAUAAUCCCUUUAGGGCUGAACAGCGUGGAACUGUAGUCUGCAUCAAACUUGCCGAGGAGGACAUGUUGAUGCCCAUGAGCAGAAGAGCGCAACUAUACUCCUCUCAUUUGUGAAAGCAGAGUGGGAAGAUUUUUCGUUCGAAAGUUUCCCCCGGGGGAUUGCGCACGCCUUGGAAGAGGACUCUAAAAGGCAACGAGAGGAAGCGACACACGAUGACGUCCGCGGAAGGUCUCGUACGGGAGGAAAACGUCAUCCGCAGGGGCGUGUCGUCGAAGAGCACCAGCCACCGAGACGAGAGCACCUACUUGCCCCGCGGAGAAUUCCUUCGGAAGAACGGGCACCUACGCGAUCACCAGGGGGCGCGCCCGUGGGGAUAGAGGGUUCCAAGGAUUUGAUUACCGCGGUGGCGGCGGAGGGGGACUCCAAGGGUCCCCAGCGGGGCAUUGCGCUCACCUCCGAGCAGUUACCCGAGGUGCACCCGAAGGCCAAGCGGCGGAAGGCCAAGAAGAUCAUGCUCCGCUGUCGCUUCUGCACCUACUCCAAUAGAAGGAUGAGCGUAAUCAUCAUACAUGAGAGGAUCCACACCGGAGAGAAGCCAUACAUGUGUGGAGUCUGUUACAGAGCAUACGCAACAAAGGGCGCCCUGAAGAGCCAUUUCAGGCACAUUCAUGCGCGGGAAAGUUAACAAGGGGUGUUCAACAUCAUCUCUGGUCACACGCUUCAACUGAAAUAUCAUCAUCUACAGAGGUUGGGAUCGCAAGUUACGCAAUGGUCGAUGAACAGACACCGAAGAUAACAAAUCAGGGCAGUCAAUGAUGCCGUGCACAAGCUUGAAAAGGAAAUGACAGUCGCGCAAUGUCCUUCGAUGAGCUGAGGUGGGUAGGUUAAGUUUUUCAAGAAUGUGGUCGUAGUUAUAAUACAUAGUUUUACCAAUGUAUCGGUCGUGGUAAAUAGCAAUAAAUCGUCUUUGGACUUUUUCAACAUCAGAUGUGAGAGAUUUGUUCAAACAGUUCCAUACAACAGAGGAAAACUCGAUGAGAGGGAGAACCGUGGAAAAAAAUAAGCGAAAGAAGCAAAAGGGGUGCGAGAAGUUUUUUGUAAGUCUCGAGAUGACACCUAGUUUAGAGAAUGCAAGAUUUGUGAUAUACGUAAUGUGCGUUUGAAAAGAGAGAUGACUAUCAAAAGUGAUGCCCAAAUCUCUUAUACAGUUAACACGAUUAAUGGUGGUUGACGCCAUAGAGUAGGUAAAGUGGAUGGGGGUAGUUUUCCGACUGAAAGUGAUUACAUGAGAUUUAAGAGCGUUGAGUUUCAACAUGUUCCGUGUAAACCAAGACUGUACACGAGUGAUGUCAUUUUGUAAAUCCAAACAUUCGUCAGCAUGAUUAAUACAACAAAACAACUUGAGGUCAUCAGCGUAUUGAAGAAUGUUACUGUGUUGCACACAAGUGGAAAGGUCAUUGACAAAAACAUUAAACAGUAAUGGCCCAAGGAUAGAGCCUUGAGGAACACCGGAGGUCAUCAAGUAUGAACGGGAUUGGGUACCUUUGUAAAUAACAACGUUGUUGCGGUUACUUAAAUAAGAAGUGAACCAGUUGCAUAAGUUUGAUGGGAAAAUCCAUAGAUGGAUAAUUUAUCAACAAGUAAUUGAUGACUCACAGAACCGAACGCUUUCGAUAUAUCGAAGUAAACCGAAUCUACUUGCAUGCUUUUACCAAUAUGAUGCGCUAGAAAAUUCAUAUAUGUAACAAGAUUGGUUUCGACAGAUCUGCCAGGUAGGAAGUCAUGUUGUGUAAAUGUAAGAAAAUGUUUACAGUAGAAAGGUAAUCGCGAAAACAUAACCUUUUCAAAUACUUUCGAGAAACAGGGUAACAAGGAUAUGGGCCUGUAGUUUGAGACUUCAACUCGUGAACCACCUUUGUGUAUAGGAACUAUGAGAGAUUUUUUCCAGACCUCAGGAAACUGAGCGCUUUGUAAGGAGCGGUUAAAAAGGGAAGUCAGCACAGGCACGAGGACAUUGGCACAACCCUUGACAAUGAAAUUAGGGACAUUAUCUAUGCCAGAGGACAAGGUUGAUUUUAAUGAAGAGAUGGCACGAGAAACCUCCUGUUCAUCAAUAACAAUGCUCGAGAGGCUAAGAUUAGAUGGAGAGGCUUGAGCAGUGAUUGUGGGGGCAGAUUUAGAGAAGACAGAAGAAAAGAAAUCGGAAAACAAGUUCGCAACUGCCAAAGGCGCCGAGACAAAAUCGUCAUUGUGUUUCAGCAUAAUGUCGCCAGCACGAGAGGUUGUUCUAUCCUUAACAAACCUCCAGAAUUCCUUUGGGUUAGCAGAUAGAGAUGCUUGGACGAAGUCCUCGUGUGUUUUUCGGUCCCUUUUGUAGAUAGUUUUGACGAGCUUACGUGUUUCUUUGAAUUUUAGAUACCAGUCGUCGCGUUUAGUCCGCACGUACUUUUGAUGAAAGUGCAGCUUUUUCCUUAGUAGUCCUUUAAGUUCAUGGGAGAACCAGGGAGGAUACUUAGGCGAGUGAAAAUGUUUCUUUGGAACAAACUGUCCUAUAGCGGACUGCACAACAUUAGUAAAAAGCGCAGCAGCAUUAUCAACGUUGGCGCAUUCUAUCACAGGGCGCCAACCUGUAGAGCAGAGGCAAUUGUAUAGCGCAAGAGCGAAUGAGACCCUAAACUUGCAGAGUCCUUUGUAAUUGUAUGCGUAACAUUUAUUACAUGAAAGUAUCGUAGGAUAAAACACAAGAAACAAUUACAUCUACCAGAAAAGAUAGAUAAGGUUGUGAACAGGUUUUCUGUUUCCUGCGGUCCUGUCUUCUCCCAUGAGAGUUUACGUUUGAGGCAGCUGGGUAUUUUUAUUUAAAAAAAUAAAGAUUUCUCUUUACCAUGGAGACAUAAAAAAAUGUGUGGUGCCUACAGCUGUUUAAUCAAGACAUCAAGCUCUCCUUACUGCAGUUACAGCAUGCUGUUAUAUGUUAAGUACGGAUAUACAAACGUACCGUACAGUAUGCUGUUAUACUGUUAGGUAUGGAUACACCGUAUUACCGUAUAUCCAUACCAUUAGUAUACGCAGGUUUACUGUAUACAGAAGUUCUACUGCAGCGCCAUCAUGAGCGUAGUGUGUCAACCUGCCGCGGAGAGCAUCGGAUGCAGAGCCCUCUGGUGGCAAUAUGCACAUAUUCAAUAGUCAUUGCUUUCAAUCAUCAUUGAAAACUGCUUCCCGUGUUGACAGGGGUAGCGUUGUCAGUGAACCGCAUUCCAUAACGUCUGCAAGUAUGAAAGCGAAUGUGCAACACCGACUUCCAAGACCAAGACCAGACAUUUCAUUUGACAGGAAGAAGCAUCUACAGAGUGACCAGAAAGUUCACCCUCAGGAGAGGAGGGUUUCAAGGAACUGUUUAGGACAGCUUCAGUAUUGAUACUUUGGUGUCCUUGGGAUAGUUCACAGAGAGCCAUGAGACUGCCAAUGUCUCCAUACAUAAGCGUGCGUUUCCAGAGAAGAGCAGACUUUGGGAACGAACUUUGUGGAACUGUAUGUCUCAUGUAAAUAGUUGUCAUUAUGUGUGUGAAUGUGCCAAGAGAAGCACUAGACAUACAUGACCCUGUAACGCAGUGAAGCCUUGAGCAUUUUUUUUUUGUUGUUAUCUGAAGCUUCAAUACCUAUAUAUUCUGUCAUUGCUUGCCAUAUAAAAUAUGUGGUGAAACUUCUAAUUUUGUGUGCCCACUGUCAUAUCUGUUUGCGACCUCCUCUUAUUCUGUACUGAUUGAAUUACUGGGAUGUUGUUGGUUUGUUGCCUGAAGUUUUCAGGAAAUAUUCUCUUCCCAAUUUGGGGAGUAAAAAUCAGGGAAAUCGAUAUGUGCUGUCAAUUCAUGCAAAUUUGGUUGGAAAAAGCAGAGCUAAACAGCGUGCUAAAUUUGGGGACAAAUUGGGCUGAAAUACUCAAACAAACUGUACUUGUUUGGUACACAAACAGGGAUGUCAUUGCAUGUGCUGCCAAGCAUCUAGUGCGCAUUCCUAUAGGAAUUUCGGUGAGGGCAAUUUGCUGGCUAAAAAAUUCGGGGGCAAAAAAAAUGGGUUAACUCCUAGAACAUCAGGCUCCAAAUAUAGAACAUGAGAGAACGGAUGUUCUGAGACUGGAACAACAUAAAAAGGACAAAUACACACAAAGCCUCAAAUCAUCAUUCAUCUUUUGUCAUCAUUCAUCUAAAUAUAGUCCGUGUACUUUUCUCGCAACAAUCAAUCAGUGUGAUGCCAACAAGUACUAACAAAGGUACUAUUGGGCUGUUUAGAAGAGCAUUGUCAGUGUUCCAAGCCAGAAAUUGUUGAACAGUCUGUGUUCAAAAUAGCAGCAGCUCAAGAUGUGAGGCCUUUCGCAUAAACUGUUAUAUUCACGUUCGCAUUCAGUGCUAGACAAUGUUAAAUAAUGUUUGCCAAAAUGUGAUACAGCACCCUUAUAUUCUUGUGAAUUUCUCUAUCGGUGUUAUUGGAAAGAGCGUACCAAUACAUUUUGUUACGUAUGGUGAAUUCACGUAGUCUCUCAGCCUUCUUUGCAAGGUCCUGAGCAAACGCGUUCCCUUUGUCAGAACCUGGCAGUCGUGCGUGUUCUCGUUGCGCUUUCCUACCACCAGGAGUUUGCCAUCUAGCGCACUUUCCACCUGGCCUCGAUAAAUCCUCAGGCUCAGGGUUGCCCAACUAUAUCUGGCAGCGUGACUUCUGCACCGCGAGAGUCCCCAUUGCCCCGCACGUCCAAGUUAACACGGGCUAGCAGACGACGGAGGAACCUGAAGACAAGCGACUGCGAUGCUCCCUAGUGUGAUCCAAGCGACUAAAUCCACUACCUUCUGAGCACUCAUGACCAGCAAUUUCCGAGCACUAGGACGUGUUGCCACAUUUUACCCAUCGUUAGUCUUGUAGUGGUUGAUUGUCACAUGAUCUUCUUUGUCUUACAGGCACCAAAGUGGGAAGAGAAGAUUAUUCCUUCGAAGACUUUGACGUGCAUUUCACCCAAAACAGCAUCAACGCUGCUUUUGCCGUUUGGUCGCUCCGGGUGUCUCGUGCCUCUUGUUUGGGUGUGCCAUUAGAAGGGUGCCUACUUAAUGUACCCAAUGAUCAUUGGAACCAAUGACCAUUGAAUAAGCGCCACCAAGUGUAAAACGUGUCAGCUUCUCAGUGACUAUUGGAUCCUGCGCGUCCUAACAGGUUGGCAUACACUUUGUGGCGCGUGGCGGUACGCGUAUAUUCAAUAGCCGUGUGUUUCAAUUGUCAUUGAAGAUUAUCCAUGCGACGGGAGUAUAGAACUAGAGUGUCGUCUGUUCUCCACUGUUGCACUGGCAAAAGGGAUGGGCUCUGUUAUCCGAUUGGUUGAUGCUCAAGCGUCUUUGCUUCUUUUACAGUUACAGUCAAAGAGGAGUGGGAAGAUUUUUCGUACGAAAGUUCCCCCCAGGGAAUCGCGCACGCCUUGGAAGAGGACUCCGGAAGGCGACGCGAUGCCGACGCGCAAGAAUUCCAGCACCAGUUCUGCAAUUACUCCGGAGCAAGUGCACCCCAUGUUGAGGUCCAGGAAAGGUCUCAUGCGGGUGAAGUGUGUUCCAUGGGAUUUGCGCACGGGGAUGCCAUGACUGCACACCCGGAGCACCAUCUGCUUACCCUCCAGAGUGUUCCUUCAGAAGAACCAGUGCCUAAGGGAUCACUAGGAGGUCUCGGUGUUGCAGCAGAGGCGGAGCAAGUCUUCGAGGGUCCCCAGCAGGACGGCGCGCUCACCUCCGAGCGGUUACCCAAGGUGCACCCGAAGCCCAAGAAGGUCGAGCACCACUGUAGCUUCUGCAGCUACUCCAAUAGAAAGAGGAGCCUAAUCAUCAUACACGAGAGGAUCCACACCGGAGAGAGGCCGUUCGUGUGCGGAGUCUGCCGCAACGUGUUCGCAUCGACGAGCUCCCUAAACGCCCAUUCGAGGAAGUUUCAUGCGGGAGAGAGGUAACAAGGUUGCAGCAUCUCCGGUCACGUGCUUCAACGGAAACAUCAUCUACACGGGCACAUGGUAUAACCUUGGCGGCUCUUGUCUCCGAGAACAGGUCCCUGUUCUGGAAGGGCGAUUAUUACUCCAGGGUACCUCCUCGUGGUACUCCACUGUAUACGCAUCUCGUGUCCAAGUCCACAGACGAACUCGUACGGCUUAUUGCACGCCGGCCACACGGGCAGCCUUCAACGAUCAUUGAAUGGAGACAAAAAAACUAUGGAGACAAAAAAAAAAAAGAAAAGUUGGGGUGCCUAUGGCUGCUUAAUCGAGACAUCAAGCUCUCCCCACUACUGUUAGAGCAUGCUGUUAUAUGUUAGGUAUGGGUAUACAAGCGUACCGCACAAUAUGCUGUUAUACUGUUAGGUAUGGAUAUACAGUCGCCGUCCGAUUUUUCGGACUCGGCGGGGAUCGCGCAAAAGUCUGAAUAAUCGAGCAGUCCGAAAAAACGAAUUUCGCUUCAAAAUUACCUUUACUACGCCAUAGUAGGCUUGAAAAAUUUGUCGAUGCUUUCCUAACGCGCUUCCAUCUCUGCCUGAUAACAUCAGCUUCUAUUUCCCGAAGCGACAUUUCGUCAAUGUAUUUUCAAGUCGUGAAUUUUCAAGUCGGCUUCACAUAACGCAUGUGUGCUUUAGGUGAAGCUCACUUUACAGCGCUGUCGCGCGACUCGCGCCACUCGCGGGCGGACAGCACGUGCUGGGCCGUUGGCCAAAAACGAAGACGCCAAAGCGCUACGACAGACCGAGGAAUGGAAAAUGAACGAUCAUCACUGCCUAUUUUGUUGCCUCAAUAUUUUAGUUGGUUGAUUUCUUUUGAUACGAAUUUCGGACGAUACCAAUAUUUUCCGUCACCCCAAGAGAGAAAUUCGCUGGUCGGGCAAACAGAGUCCGAAAUAUCGAGCGACGGGGCUGCACGGCGUCCGAAAUUUUGGACGUUCUUAUACCUCAACUCUAUGGGACCUGCGGCCGUUCCGCGAGCGAGUCCGAAUAAUCGAGCAUGUCCGAAAAAUCGAGGUCCGAAAAAUCGGUCGGCGACUGUACCGUAGUACCGUAUAUCCAUACCAUUAGCAUAUGCAGGGGCGGAUAGGUGCCAUCAUGAGCGUAGUGUGCCAACCUGCCACAGAGAGGAUCGGAUGCAGAGCCCUCUGGCGGCGAUAUGCGGAUGUUCGAUAGCCGUUGCUUUCAAUCAUCAUUGAAAACUGCUUCCCGUGUUGACGGGGGUAUCAUUGUCGGUGAACCGCGCUCCAUGAUGUUGCAAUGCCGACCUCCAAGACCAAGACUCUCCGGGUAUUUCGUUUGACAGGAAGAGCAGCUACAGAGUGAUCAGAAAGUUCACCCUCAGGAGAGGAGGGUUUCAAGGAACUGUUUAGGACAGCUUCAGUAUUGAUACUUUGGUGUCCUUAGGAUAGUUCAUAGAGAGCCAUGAGGCUGCCAAUGUCUCCAUACAUAAGUGUGCGUUUCCAGAGAAGAGCGGACUUUGGGAACGAACUUUGUGAAACUGUAUGUCUCAUGUAAAUAGCUGUUAUUAUGUGUGUGAAUAUGCCAAGGGAAGCACUACACAUACAUGACCCUGUAACGCAGCGAAGCCUUGUGCAUUCGUAUUUGUUAUCUGAACCUUCUGAUAUGUUCUGUCAUUGCCUGCCAUAUAAAAUAUGUGGUGAAACUUCUAACUUUGUGUGCCCACUGUCAUAUCUGUUUGUGUCCUCUGUUGCCUGAAGUUUUUGGGAAAUAUUCUCUUACCCAAUUUGGGGAGUAAAAAUCGGGGAAAUC